GAUGGCCUUAUACUAUCUUUGGCCCUCCAGGCCUUGUACUCUCUCUCUCUCUCUCUCUCACCCAACAGCAAUAGUCUUGGCAUUUCAGUGACCCCCAAAAAUUUUUACAGAGAGAGAGGGAGAUGACAGGGGCUUGUGAUGCUGACGAGGGCCGACGGUUGCGGAGGCGGAGGUGGCGGAAAUGGGGAAGGAGAUAAAGGAGCGAACAAGAGCUCAGAGGAAGAGCAGAACCAGGUCUCUCUGGUAGCCCUUCUGUUAGUUGCUGUGAGAUCCAUGGUGGCCUGCCAUGUCGAAAGAGGCGAAGAAGUCAUCUCCGCCGUCCACAACAUGGAUAUCGGGUGGCCCACGAAGGUCCAGCACCUUACCCAUGUCACAUUUGAUCGAUUCAAUGGGUUUCUGGGCCUUCCGGUGGAGUUCGAGGUUGAGAAUCCAGGCGGAGUUCCCAGUGCCAGUGCAAGUGCGUUUGGCGUCUCAGCGGAGUCAAUGCAGCUGUCUUUUGAUUCAAAAGGGAAUAGUGUCCCUACUAUUCUCUUGCUAAUGCAGGAGAGAUUAUACUCACAAGAAGGAUUGAAGGCAGAAGGAAUAUUUCGUAUAAACCCCGAGAACAGCCACGAGGAGCUUGUGAGAAGCCAAUUAAACAGGGGCAUUGUGCCUGAUGACAUUAAUGUCCAUUGUUUGGCAGGCCUAAUCAAAGCCUGGUUUAGAGAACUUCCUUCGGGAAUACUAGAUGGACUGUCUCCGGAAGAAGUUCUUCAGUGCAACACAGAAGAGGAAUCCGUUAAGCUUGUGAAGCAAUUAAAGCCAACUGAGGCCGCACUGCUCAACUGGGCAGUCAAUCUUAUGGUUGAUGUUGUUGAAGAAGAAUUGAACAAAAUGAAUGCACGAAAUAUUGCUAUGGUUUUCUCUCCAAACAUGACUCAGGAAAUGGAUACUGUAUCUGAAUUAGAAGGCCCAACAUCAGACUAUGAAGAAAGCGCACACUCCAUCCGCAGCAGUGAAGAUGAAGAUGAAGUCCGAGUGUUUGUUAAGACACUUAGGGGAGAACAAAACUGCCGGAAACAGCUUGGUGCCGGCAGAUCAACCAACAGGCGAGUUGCACGGGGAAUAUCUGAGCCCUCAAACUUGCUUGAGCUUCAACAUGGACUCUGGCACAUCAUUUUGUGAUAGCAAAAAUGGGAACUCUGCCUUCAGUACUAUGAGUGACGGGGAAGUGCCAUCUGGGAAUGUAUGGGAGCUGAGGAAACUAAUGUUCAUAUGGAGAUCCCUUCGUCAGCAUCAAGUUCAAACACGAAUAAAAUAGAGAUAGUGGACAGAUAAGCGGGGGCUGAUUCACUAGUGCUUCAUUUUAGCAUACUUUCCCUAGAGAUUUAAUUUGCUUUCCACAGUCAAGUUUCUUCUGUAUAUAUAAUGGUUUGUGAGAUGAUUUAGUUGAACCAAGCUUGGGAAAGCUUGCUUGUGGUUUGAAUUGUGACUUGUUUAGCAAGUUAGGGUUCAGCUUUGAGCUGAACUUAUGCUGGAUUUGUAGUAGAACUAGGACCGUAACGGUUAGGAACUCUAACCUUUGCAUUUCUUUAGAAAGAUUUGUGGCCAGAAGUCGAGUCUCUCUGUCAUGUUGUGGAUAGUUUGUGGAAGUCUGUUGUUGAAUGCCUGAAAUUCCGCUUGUUAUCAUAA